ACUUGUCAGCGCUGACAUCACCAGCAGCGCGCCGCCCUGCACAGCAAAACAUCACACACGCGCUUCACCUGAGAGUUUCAGCUGGAAGUUCCUGCAAAAGCCUGCUGAGGAGACGCUGCCUUCACCCAGCAGAUGCCAUGGAGUCCGGGGAUGAUGGGGGCCUCAGUGUGGGAGGCUCGUCCGGAGAGGAGAACUACUUUCAGGGCUACACGUUCACAGACCGCUCCCACUCCAGCCGCGUGGUGAAGAGCAUCAUGGACCUGUGCCUGGAGGACGGCCUAUUCGCCGACGUCUCCAUCACGGUGGACGGCAAGGAGUUCCAGCUGCACCGCCUGGUGCUGUCGGCGCAGAGCAGUUUCUUCAGGUCCAUGUUCACCUCCAACCUCCGAGAGGCCCACGACCGCAACAUCGAGCUUAAGGACGUGAGCGCAUCCGUCUUCCAGCUGCUGGUGGACUACAUCUACCACGGCACCAUCAAGCUGCAGGUAGAAGACCUGCAGGACACCUACGAGAUGGCUGACAUGUACCAGCUGACAGCCCUGUUCGAGGAGUGCUCCCGCUUCCUCUCGAGAACAGUGGAAGUCAAGAACUGCCUGCAGGUGAUGUGGCUGGCAGACAGGCACAGUGAUCAGGAACUGUACACAGCAGCUAAACAUUGUGCCAAGAUUCAUCUUGUCCAGUUGCACCAGACAGAUGAGUUUCUCAACCUGCCUUUGCGUCUCCUCAUGGACAUCAUCAAAGAUGGCGUUCCAAGCUCUCAAAAUCCAACAGCAGCAAUCGAGUCUUGGAUAAACCACAACAAAGUUGAGCGAGAGGAGUUUUCAGACAUGCUCUCAGAUGGCCUAAAGGAAAUUGGUGAGAACGUGCACAUCUACCUGAUAGGUAAGGAGGACACACGAACACACUCACUGGCUGUGUCACUUCACUGCGAUGAGGACGACGCCAUCAGUGUGAGCGGUCAAAACAGCCUGUGCCACCAGAUCACAGCUGCCUGUAAACAUGGCGGUGACCUGUACGUGGUAGGUGGCUCCAUCCCACGCCGUAUGUGGAAGUGCAAUAUGCACACCAUGGACUGGGAGCGCUGUGCUCCGCUGCCUCGUGAUCGCCUACACCAAGCGCUGGUGUCUGUGGCCAGUGAGGAUACCAUCUACUCGUUAGGGGGCAAGACCAUAAAGGACACUUUGUCCAGUGCAGUGAUCUUCUACAAGGUGCGGGACAACAUGUGGACUGAGACGAGCCAGCUGGAUACAGCCGUGUCGGGUGCUGCCGGAGUCAACCUAGGUGGGACCAUCUAUCUGCUAGGUGGGGAGGAAAAUGACGCUGACUUUUUCACCAAACCAUCUCGCCUUAUUCAGUGCCUUGAAACAACCACGCAAAAGUGCCAGACCAAGCCAUACAUGCUGCCCUUUGCUGGAUGCAUGCACGCCACUGCUCAUAAGGACUUGAUCUUUGUAGUGGCUGAGGGUGACUCUUUGGUAUGCUACAACCCGCUGCUGGACAGCUUCACCCGCCUUCGCUUCCCGGAGGUAUGGAGCUGUGUGCCCUCGCUGUGGAAGGUGGCCAGCUGUAAUGGUUGUAUUUACGUCUUCAGGGACAAAUGUAAAAAGGGAGAUGCUAACACAUUAAAGUUAAACCCUGCCACUUCUGUAGUGUCCGUGAUCAAGGGAAUCAAAAUCCUGCUCACAAACUGGCAGUUCGUAUUGGCCUGAUGUUCAACAUCGGAACAACAUUUCAAAUGUUUACAUUGUGGGGGACCAUGUGGACUUUAAGCCUACAGUUUGCAGUGAUGGUGGUGAACAUAUAUUGUAGUAGGAAAAAGCCGUAGUUCAAGACCGUGGUUUUGUUCUUUUGCUUUUGUGUUACAAGCUUUAUGCAGUCGUGCAAUGUGUUACACUGCUGCCGCACAGUGUCAGUGAAAGUGGUAUGAAGUUUGAUGGGUACGUUUACUUUACUUUUUUGGUGUCAACCUUGAAGUGUGAGUUUUUUAAGUGAUUAUGUUGCAAACAGUAUGAACUACCAAUGUUAUUGUCUCAGUAGUAAUUGAUUGUCUUGAUACAAAAGUAGUUUGUCAAUAAAUGCUCACCAGAAGGUUUGAGUGCAGGUUAAA